CCUGGAACGUGUCAAUGCAGAGAUAAGGAUACACUGACCUUUAUGCGCGUAUUAAGACACUAGCACUGUCAUCAUGACUUUCAUGCUUGGCCAGAUGACAUGUUCUCACAGGUGUCCUAUUUAUGGACACUUGGACAUGGUCCAUAAAUACCAAAAGGUAGACGCAGUCGCUAUCCACGUACAGUUGUUGAAAUCUAGCAAAGCCACUCAGGUAAGUUGAGGCACAAACCUUGCUGUUGUGGAGCGUCAACCCUAGCCAGCCGUCCUAUAGAUUAUUUAAACAAGAGGUUGCAAUCAUAAAAAUCAUAUAUACAUAGAUAGAUAUACAUGUCACGGUACACAAUUUACACAGUCCAAGGAAGGUCUAGUGUGAAGGAGGUUGGGGAUAGAAGACCCUGCUGUCCGACAUACCUGCGUAGGCUUAUUCUAUCAGAAGUAUCUUGUAAGAUUAUACUGUCACACGUGUAUAUGUAAGAUUGUACUGUGAGACGUGUCUUUGUAAGAUUAUACUGUCAGACGUAUCUUAUAAGAUUUUACAGUCAGGCGAAUCUUUGUAAGAUUAUACUAUCAGACGUGUCGUUGUAAGAUUAUAAUGUCAGACGUGUCUUUGUAAGAUCAUACUAUCAGACGUGUCUUUGUAAGAUUAUACUAAUCAGACGUGUCUUUGCAAGAUUAUACUAUCAGACGUGUCUUUGUAAGAUUAUACUAUCAGACGUGUCUUUGUAAGAUUAUACUAUCAGACGUGUCUUUGUAAGAUUAUACUAUCAGACGUAUCUUUGUAAGAUUAUAAUGUCAGACGUGUCUUUGUAAGAUUAUACUAUCAGAGGUAUCUUUGUUGGAUUAUACUGCCAGGCGUACCUUUGUAAGAUUGCACUAUCAGUCGUGUCUUUGUAAGAUUAUGCUGACCGAGACUUAUCUGUAUCUGAUUAUUAUGUUCGACAUGUAUGUGAAACAUUAUGCUGUCCGAAAAUUUUGUGAAAAUGUAGCUUCCCGACAAGCUUCCGGACAUUCAUCAGCAAAUGUUCAUGAUGUUGUCUUUGCAUUUACACUUUGUUUUUUUGUUUUUUUAAAUGAACAAUUUUGAGUUGGGUUUUCUUCUAGCCUCAGAACAUGAUUUAUUCGGUCGCCCUUUUAAUUGCCCUUCCGGCCUUGAUCACGUGUCAGUUGAACGUCAACGCCCUGGCGGUGGCUGCCUUCAACAAGUUGGACAGUAACGGAGACGGACACUUCAGCAGAUCCGAUGUUGACCACUACUUCAGGGUAAUUUCUCCAAUGUUGCAAUAGGAUUACAAUAAAUCAUGAUGCAUAAAACACAUUCUAUUUAAUGAGCAAUCACAACGAAGAGGAUCAUGAAGGCUGUGAAAAUGACCAUAGCGUACGGGACUUUGAAGAACGUGUAAGCCAAAAUUACUAAAAAUAUUUAUCGCCUCUGGAAGUUUGUUUAGUUCUAUUUAUAUUUGUUAAGUUUUCUUUACUUCAAACAUUUCCUUCACAUCCCACCCCCGUGAAUAUAUAUAUAUAUAUAUAUAUAUAUAUAUAUAUAUAUAUAUAUAUAUAUAUAUAUAUAUAUAUAUAUAUAUAUAUAUUUCAUAUUUUAGAUAUUUUUGGGGGUGGAGUCAAGAGGGAGAUAAUCGCUUUCAAAUGUAUUCACUAACAUCUUUGAGCUCUAUUAAUAUUGUGUGUGCUUCUGCCAAUAGACGCUGGAUGCCAAUAACGACCACAUAGUCACCAGACCGGAGUACGUCGCCGCCAUCGACGCACAGUUCGGGGAUGACGCCGAGACGCUGAGAGCUCUCCGCCAGCUGUUCGACGACUUGGACUCCAACAACGACAACCAUCUUGACCGCACAGACUACGACCAUCUGUUCAACGUGGUGGACGCCGACAACAACGGCCAGGCCACACAGCAGGAGUUUUCAAGGUAGGUGUCGGGGCUUCAACACGAGACCUUUGAACUCGAGUUCAGAUAAUUUACCAUCUAACUGGGAGGUCAGACACCAGCGUCGAAGAAGGAAAAGUUAAAUAAAAAAAAGAUGUUAAUAUUGAUAUGGUAUGAUAUGAUAUGAUAUGAUAUGCUUCUUAAAUAACCUUUGACCUUUUUGCAUAUGUUUUCAGAUGGUUUCACGCAGCUGUAGGAGGGUCCGUUCUUGGCUAGAGUCGAGAAGUUGAUCCAUGUUUUUUAUGUUGUGUAUCUUAAAGUAAUGUAUGGGUUACAGAUCUUUAAAUCAUAUACGGAACAAUAAAAAAAAUAUUGUCUCUUAAAAGAA